AUGGCUGCAGCUGCUACCAAUAACACCGAUCACAACGUUACAUCUAAGUCGUUGGUCGACCGGCCGCUCGACAUUGUCAACCUCAUCCUGCCUCACUGCAAACCUAGCGCUCUCGCAGCACUGGUCCGAACCUGCAAAACAAUGAGGAACCUCGCUAUCCCGGUCCUUUACGAACAUCUCGACCUCAGCUGCCGCGGUACUCUUCUCCCGGGAGUCUACGCCCACCCAUCCUGGGUCAAGCAAGUGCGCGAGCAGAAGUCAGUGAUACAAUUCCUGCUCCACAACCGCGGGAUCGCAAAGCUUGUGCGCACCUUCAAACUCACAAUCGGAGUAAACUACAAUCUACAAUCCAGUUUAGACCUGUACCUAGUAUUCGAGCUUCUAGAGAACGUGGAGCAGCUGGACAUCGAGGGCACCCUCUAUCAGGGCCUGGAUCCUGACAACCGGCCCCUUUGGUUGGAAGGUGGCCUCAACGAAAAGAUAUUCACAAGAGCAAAGACGAUUAAGUUUAGCGGUAUGCUGCACAGCUGGCUCGUUGAGCGGAUCCUUCUAGGUGGGGACAAGCCACAAUUGACAAAUGUUGAGGUGAGUCACCUUACGACAGGUAUCCUCCAGAUUAUCCAUGGCCGCAAGUUCUACUUCGAAAACGAUAUGCAACCUUAUUUCACCUUCAUGAUCCGUUUACGAGCAAAAACGCUCAAGAGCUGGGUCGCUGAUGGGAAGGGACAUCCACUGGGACCGUACAACGAGGCUGCAUCGAAUCUGUGGGGGGUGAGGGAAAUGGAGAAUCAUUUCUAUAGUCCGGAGAUCCAGCGGGAAUAUCGGCAGUGGGCACUGUGGGCUCGAGCCGCAUUUCAUGGACGUUGA